AUGACCGAAGUUGGAAGCAUUUCACUGCCCCUCCGCGUACCACCGUUUUGGCGCGACCGCCCCAGGCUAUGGUUCGCCAGCUUCGAAGCGGCAACCCACGACCUCAAGAAGAGCCAAGCACAAUUGUCGCAAAUGGUCAUCGCUCAGCUGGACAAACAAGACAUUGAACAAGUGUCAGACCUACUUUUCGACCCACCAAAAGAGGACCCGUACAAAGCGCUAAAGGCACGCCAUAUCUCCGUAUACGAAGAGAGCGAGGAGCGUCAAUUCCAGAAGCUCCUGUCAGAAAUGGAAUUAGGCGACCAACGACCUACACAAUUACUUCGCCGUAUGCGUAACCUGCCACGCGAUAAGGUCCCCGAUCCCACGUUGCGAAUUAUGUGGAUGAAUCACCUUCCGCCGCACAUACGCUCUGUUCUAGUAGUAAGCGACACUAUCAGCAAGACCGCAGCGCUCGACGAACUGGCAUUACUUGCAGACAAAAUGCUUGAACAGCAAAGAGAGAUCUCCGUCGUGUCCACAUCAUCAUCACCAACAACACUGGCAUCCUCAUCUAAGCACCAAAAAACAGAAUAUCAAUUUCUAGUCGAGGAAAUAAAGAAAUUAUCAUUUGAAGUCGCUGAGUUAAAAUCAUCGGCACAACACGACUUCCGCGAGCGCCCGCCAGCGUCGCAUUACGACCGGUUUCGCCCUCGCAGGCGAUACACAGCGCGAAGGAGAGAUACUACGCCACCGUCCCGCUCUCACUCACGGGGCCAGAGUUUGUCACCAUCGCCGUACUGCUAUUAUCACAAGCGUUUUGGAAGCGAUGCGCGAAGGUGUACACUGCCGUGCACGUACUCCCGUGAUGACAAAAGGAUGACGGAAAACUAA